AUGUCCAAGGGCGCUGAUGAGAAAAAACAGGUGGAGCACGAAGGCUCAAGGGAAAAAGAGACAAUUUCGCCAGAGGAUGGUCCCGUCGCAAGAAAAGGCCGCAGUCUUUUGAACGUACCGUCUAGAUCAUCGUCGCAAAAGAUACAGUCGUCACCGGCGACAACGGGGCUAAGCGGGACAACCGCUGACGAUCCGAGGGAUAGCAUUGGUGGUCAAUCCAAGGAAUCAAAACACAGUAUGCUGGGCCGGCGUCGGAACGGUAGUGUAUCCAGUAAUCAUUCUGGGGCUGCCACGAAUCCCACAACUACACCUAGUACAUCUCAGCCAAAUUCUCCGGCUGGGGCUCCUCAGCGGCGGAAAAAAGGCGGAUUACUGGCUCUUCUUGGCUGCUGCGUUGUCCCAAAUAACGCCAACGCUCUGGAAGGUGGCGAAGAUCCACUCCCUUCCCACAAGCUCGACAAGAUCCCCCAGAGGCCAUUAACAUCUAGUCGGCGAACCACAACGCCUUCCGAACAGACCGCCGGUAGCAAGACUCAAAUUUACGAGAAGGAGAAGGAGGUGCAACCUCAAGCGGGCGCUGGUUCUCAGGACGCGUCCAAAGCCGCGAAGAGGGCUUCGGCAUCUACCACCCAGGAUCAAUCAACUGUCGGUGAGCGAGAUAGUGAAUCGAAACAGACUACCCUGGUCGGCGUGCCGGGCCCUAGCAUCACGGUGAACCCUCCGGUUGCAGAGGAUCAUGAAGCGGAGGCGGUUGCCGUCGAAGGGUCUUCCAGCAGGGACGUCGACGGUGAUGUCGAGAUGGCAGAUGGGGAGCCAGCCAAGACCGAACUUGCCAAGCAACCCGGUGCGGGAACCGACGAACAAUUUGCGAAGCCCGUCCCCCCGCCUCCUCCUGGCCCGAUACCCAUUACCAACUCUGCUCCCAUUGCACCAGAGGACACAUCGGUGGAUGUGGAGCAAGGCCAGCCCAGGUACCUCCUGCCACCCGUCGAACCUCACCUUAAGGGCAGGAAGUGCCUAGUAUUGGAUCUGGAUGAGACAUUAGUACACAGCUCUUUCAAGAUAUUACAUCAAGCUGAUUUCACUAUACCGGUCGAAAUCGAAGGCAACUUUCACAACGUGUAUGUCAUCAAGCGACCCGGUGUUGACCAGUUCAUGAAGCGGGUGGGCGAGCUUUAUGAAGUUGUAGUCUUCACGGCUUCCGUCUCCAAGUACGGUGACCCGUUAUUAGACCAACUAGAUAUCCACAAGGUUGUCCACCACCGAUUAUUCCGCGAGAGUUGUUACAACCACCAAGGCAACUACGUCAAGGAUCUAUCCCAAGUCGGCCGAGAUCUCAAGGACACUAUCAUCAUCGACAACUCGCCUACUUCCUACAUCUUCCACCCUCAACACGCCGUACCUAUUAGCAGUUGGUUUUCGGACGCGCACGACAACGAACUAUUAGACUUGAUACCCGUUCUCGAAGACUUGGCUGGAUCUAACGUCCAGGAUGUCAGCCUAGUUCUCGAUGUCACUCUUUAA